GUCCUAAUCUAUACCGGACACAUUCAAGAUGGCACAUUCGCUACUUCGGGGAACUAUGAAUCUCUCACGCAAUGCGGUUGCUGGCCCCUCACGGCUGGCGCGCCUUCCGCCUCUGCGAUCCUUUUCGUCUACUCCGCCUAGCUUCAAAAAGUCCAAAGCUGCAGCUGUGAAGAAGGCACACAAAGAGGCCAAGAACCAGGUGGCCUCGGAGAUUGAAGAGAACCCAGAAGGUCAUCGGUACGAAGCUGCGCCAGUUGAUGACCUUGAGACCGUCUUGUCCAAAGCCAAAGAACGUAUGCAAAAGGCUACGGAUUGGGCAAAGGCUCAAGUGUAUGAAGGUGUCGAACGAGUCAGUGGAAAGCUGUCGCCUUCAUUGCUGGAUAAUGUCCGUGUGACCACCUCCGAAAGUGAGGGAUCACAUCACUUAAAUACUGUGGCCUCUGUGACCGUGCGUCAAGGAGCGCUGUGGGUGGACGUAUGGGACUCAACUUCUAUGAAAGGCGUAGAGUCUGCCAUCAAGGCAGCGAAUCUCCCCGGUGUAUCCCCUCUUCGUAUGAGUGAAACUUCCCUCAAGAUACCAGUCAGCAGGCCGACCCACGAGCAACGUCAAGAGAUUCUGCGUCAACUCGCCCAAAUAAUUGAAACCGCCAAGAAUCAAGUCCGUAAGGCUAGAUCCGACGGUAUCAACAACCUAGGCGGACGUAAAGAACCUGGUGCAGAUGAUGUAGAGAAGCUUGCCAAUGACUUUGGAGGUCAAUUGACAGAUAGUCUGAAUGCUGCAAAGAAAGCCUUUGAAAAGGUCUAAGCGAGGCUGUCAAUGUAUUCUAUGACGUCUUCUGUUCGUUGAUUGUACCUGAACGUUCGAAGCGCUCGCUUGGAUGGCGAACAAGUGUGUCAUGUCGUCAUUGAGUGCAUGAGGUCGUCAGUGCUGAGGAAACCAUACAUAUAUGUAGUUGGCCAUCGAGAUGGACUGUCUUUCCC